GAUCGCAGUCGGCUCGCUUCUUGGCCCUCCCUUUGUCGGCAAAGUCUAUGACCUCAAUGGCCACUAUGAGGGAGCUUUCUUCGCGGCAGGUGGGAUCGCGCUCGCGGCAGUCCCUGUCUUUUGCUUGGCAGUUUUUUGUCGGCGAUCCAUCGAGAAGCCUUCGUUGGUUAUGGAAGAUCCGGCGAGAGUGGAUCAUCGGGAUCAGCUGA